UUGGUCUUUUUUGAACGCAUUUCAAUUCAAUUCACUCGCACCCAAUUCACUCACCUCUCUCUCUCUCUCUCUCCGUGAUGGAACCAGCGGAAACAGAACCCCCAAGGAAGAGGGUCGUCGAAGAAGCGGUGAUCGCAGUCAUGAAAGCGGUGGACUUGGAAGAAGCCACCGAGCUCAAGGUCCGAACCAUGGUGGCCCGUCGCCUCUGCAUUGAUCUCUCCGACCUCCAGCCGAAGCGUCUCGUCCGCCGCGUAGUCGAAUCCUAUUUGCUGUCGAUGCAGGAUCAGCUCAAACCGGAGAGACGAACCCACGUGGCGGUGCCGGCUCAGGCGCAAGGCGUCGCCCCCAGUGAGCCAACUCAAGAUGGCGGUCGCAUGUGGAAGCUUGCAGAAACGAGGGGUGUGGCAGUUCAUGAUUUUAAGGGAAGCACUUUGGUGUCAAUUAGGGAUUAUUAUGAAAAAGAUGGAAAGCUGCUUCAUUCUUCCAGAGGAAUAAGCUUGAGUUCUUGGCAGUGGUCAGCCUUUAGGAAAAGUUUCCCCAGUAUAGAAGCUGCCAUUUUAAAGAUGGAAUCACGGAUAAGAUCUAAAGAUGCUGGAAAACGAGUUGACGCUGAUAUGCCAAAUUUAGUGAGUGCCGUUGCUCAAGGAAUCAUUCCUCCGGCAACACAACAAAUUGAAACAGAUAUAUCUAGUUCUGUGGCUGCUUCUGCCUCUGAAGGACUCAAGCCCAUUCAGACCACCCGUCUUGAUGGAAAGAAUUACCAUGUUUGGGCACGCCAGAUGGUUUUGUUUCUACAGCAGUUAAAGAUUGCAUAUGUGCUUACUCAGCCAUGCCCAAGAAUAAGCCCAGAAGCAAGCGUUGAAGAAGUUGCACAAGCCAAAGCUGCUGUUCAGAAAUGGGUGGAUGAUGACUACAUAUGCCGGCACAGUAUCUUGAGCUCUGUGUGUGAUCAUCUAUUUGAACAAUACUCGAAGAGAAUUUUCAGUGCAAAGGAGCUAUGGGAGGACAUCAAAUUAGCUUAUGAUGAUGACUUUGGAACCAAGCGAUCUCAAGUGAGCAAAUAUAUGCGAUUUCAAAUGGUUGAUGGGAUAUCUGUUAUUGAGCAAGUCGAGGAACUCCACAGCAUUGCGAAUUCUCUCAUUGCUUCUGGAAUGGGAAUCGAUGAAAACUUUCACGUUAGUGUCAUUAUCUCCAAGCUUCCCCCAUCUUGGAAGGAUUAUAGCAAGAAGUUGAUGCAAGAGGAAUUCCUCCCUCUUAAUGUGUUGAUCCAUCGCCUAAGUGUGGAAGAAGAGUCUCGUCAUCGUGCCAACAAAGAGGGGCGUUUUGUAAAGGCCCAUGUGGGGGAGCCAAGGGCUGAAAAUAAACUCGGACAGAAGAAGGAUUCCAAGGCCAUAAUCUGCUACAACUGUGGCAAGACUGGGCAUAUUUCAAGGAAUUGUCACCAGAGGAAGGUUGUUCACAAGAGGGAUGAAGCAAAUGUGGAAGCACCUGCAGUUGCAGAAGCUGGUGGCAUGGUGGAUCCAGGGAAGGGCACCACUCACUCAUGUUCAUCAUCUAAGGCAGAGCAGCAGCUUGCUCAAGAGAAACCUCGGGGAAGUUAAAAGUUUCAUCUCAAGGAAGGUAGAGCUUGGUCUAGCUGGCGCAUUGAGAAGCUGGAUUAUGCCAACUUAAAUCUGGUAUGAAAGUUGUUCUUUGGAUAGAUUCAUCCAUAAACUAGAGAAUAGAGGUGAUUUAAAAAGUUGGGGCUUUUGAUGCCUGAACUGAAAGUAUAGUCCUGGAUUAGUAUUGGUAGGUGGGUACAUUGUGCAUACAAGCAAGCUUCUUUUCUGGUUCUGGUCAUGUGAUUAAAAAGGUUAUGGCUUUGAUGCUCUGGGGUCUUUUGUGGUUAAAAUUGCAUCCAUCCAAUGGCUCUUUCUGUGGUCAGGAGGACUAGCUGCACCUUCCUUCUUGUGUUGAGCCAGGAAUGUUCCGUAGUGUCCCGAAUUUAUAAUUUCGGAUGAAUGCAUGCUUAUGACUUGUUAAAUCAAAAUUCUAUUAAAUUGACUUCUUGGACCCCCAA